UGCACCAUUUUGCUUUAUUAAGCCACCGUCGUAGCCCCUCCGCCGGCGAUCAGCCACCCUCCUCCAACAAAAUUUCUAUUUUUUUGAAUUCUAUAUAUGUUGACUUGAAAAUCAGCCUUUUUCUGAAAAUUCCCAUUUUUUUUACAGAUAGGAAAACAGGAGCUCCGAAAUGGGUGAUGGUAAGGAAGCAGAGUUCUCACUGAAAGUGAUGAUCAAUAAAGAGAAAACCAAGGUCCUCUUUGCACAAGUUGACAGCCAUUUUGCAGACUUUUUGUUAAGCUUCUUGACUUUGCCGUUGGGAAGAAUUAUCAAAGCACUCAACAAACACUACGGAGACGAUGAGGCACCUACUGUCGGAAGCUUAAGCAGCUUGUAUCAUAGCUUGGUAAAUCUUGAUAGCUCCCAUUUCUGGACAGAGGGUGCUAAGCAGACACUGCUCAAUCCUAGAAGUUCUAUUGAAGAUGAAUACAAAAGGCUAAAACUCGACAUUGCUGACUUUCAACCUCCUAAAACAUUAUAUUGUACAGAACACACUUGGCUUAAUAGAAUUCAAAGUGUGAGUGUGUACUAUGAUAGUAUUAAUAGGUUCCAUACUUGUGGAUGUGGUCAUACGAGGAUAGGAAAAGAAGAUAAAGAAAAAACAGGAUGUAAAGCUGCUUCCGGAGAUGGAGUUUUCACCAUAAAUACAGCAUCUUUCGUAAUCUCUGAUGAUCUCCACAUAUUGCCAGUUGAGGCGGGACUCUUAGGAAUUAUCCUCAAUCUUGGCAUUACAGGUGCGGAUAAGGCUGAAGCAAUCAACGUGACUUUCGGGUUCAGUGAGAUUAUGAGUUUGUUGAAGGCAUCAUUGAUCUCCCAAACUCCAUUGUCGGACCUCAUACUGAAUAAAUCAAGACAUGCAAACUCAGUAAUCGUGGGCUUUGAACCCGGGGCUUCAAUUAACCAUCUCGAGGAUGAUCAAAAUCCCGAUUCCAAGAAGAUGAUUUUGAAAGUCGUGAUACAAAAGUCUACCGGUACGUUAUUGUAUGCACAAGCUAACGAUGAUUUUGUAGAAUUCCUAUUUAGUUUCCUCAAUAUCCCACUAGGAGGAGUUGAGCAUCUUCUUGCUGGUAAGACUUGUGCUAAGGCUAUAAACAACUUGUAUUUGAGCAUAGCUGACCUUAUAGACGACAAGUAUUUCAGUACCCCAGGUACGAAAGAUAGGCUAAUGAAACCGAAUGUGGCCCAUGGUUGUAUUUCUGACAACCACAUGCUUCCCCUCGCUGAAGAAUGCUUGCCUGAUACCUAUAGUGGAACCACAUGGUUUUCCGCUAAGUUUCCUAAUGGCAAGGGUAGUUAUCUUAAAGGACCGAGAACAUAUCAUGUGACGGAUGAUCUGAUUGUGACACCUCUUUGUGUUGUCUCGGUCCUUUCAAGUCUUAACAAGCAGAAAAUCGCAAUAUAUGAUGAUGUCAAAGAAGUGGAGCUGCAAAUCGGCCCAAAAGAGCUCCAUUUCGUCGACAUCAGACAUAGGGAUAUUCUUCUCGUGGAGACUGGAAAUGAUCGAAUGCAUAUGAUGCGGUCAGCAGCCUCGGCGGUUGGAAGGUGUACACACGCCGCAAUAAGGGGAGGGACGUUGGAGGCAGCGAGGAAAAGAAGGGAGCCGGUGCAAGGGGUUGAAGAAGUCAGCCGCCAGCUCAAUUCUGUUUCAGCUGUUUUCCUAUUCUCAUGCACGGCAGUUUCAGCAGCUUUCCUUUUCUAAUGCAUCCCUAGAUUUAUGCUUUUAGUUAAGUUCCGCCUAGUAUAAAUAAAUGUAAUUAGGAAGCUCUUUUUAUCUUGGAAGAUCAAUUGUAAUUGGACGACUGAAGUCGUAGGCCUCUGCGGAGGAGUGUUCUUCUUUACUCAUUUGCAAUACAAUUGGUUCAGUCCCCUAUCA